AUGUACUCGGAUGAAACCGGAGGCUUUAAAGGCGACGCGCUCGUCGUAUUCUUCAAGCCUCAGUCGGUAGAAAUGGCCAUCAUGCUACUCGACGACACUGAUUUUAGAUACACUAGCUCCGGAUUGUCCGAUGGCAGGAUCCGGGUCCAGCCCGCUGACUCGAGCUACAAAAAGACCAACUAUGAUGCAGAUGGCAAUAAAUCCAAAGCCGCAGAAGGCCAGAAGCCACAGAAGAACGAUAGGGAUCGACAAAAGAUCAUACGAAAAACUCAAAAACUGGAUGCCAAGUUAGCCGACUGGGACGACGAUGUCCCAUAUGCAGACCAGGAAGUUGCCACUCGCACUUCCAAGAUGGUCAUAUUGAAGCACAUGUUUACCUUUGAGGAACUCGAAGAAGACCCUGCAGCAAUCCUUGAGAUCAAGGAAGACAUCCGUGAAGAGUGCGAGAAGUUAGGCGAAGUCACCAACGUUGUCCUAUACGACCUCGAGCCCGAGGGCUAUGUCUCGAUCAAGUUCAAAUCCCACGAGGCCGCCGAAGGGUGUGUUGAGCUCAUGGACGGUCGCAGCUUCGCUGGCCGGGUCGUGGAGGCGCGACUAUCCUUUGGCAAGGAGCGCUUCAAGCAGUCAUCCAAGAAGGAAGAUGAUUCUGAUCACUAA